AAUUUAUGUAUAAAGGAAUACACAUUCUGGAACAAAACAAAAAUGAGUAUACUUUUUACUAGCAAAGAAGGCUGGAUUUUAUCUCAUUUGCAAUAUCUUAACGAUAUUUAUAAGAAAGUGCUAAAUGACAAUGGAUUUUGUGCUCUAGAAUUUAAUAAGAUGAUAUUCGAGAUUAAUUCACAAUACUUGAGGCAAAAUCAGAUAGCACAAAUUGCUCAAGAUAGUAUUAUUUCAUUACAUGGUAAAAAUAAAAGAAAAAAACGUUCAAACUUAUUGCCACAAAAGGAUUUGGAAGAAGUUCAUCAUAUUAAAGAAACCUUUAAUACAAUAAUGUCUACUGCAAGAUUAAAGGGAUUUUUUGGUGAGAAUAUUUCUUCAGAUAAUAAUGAAGCAGCACGCUUGGCUUCUAAGAAAUUUUAUCUGGAUACUUAUUGCCACAAGGAUGAAAACUUGUUUGGAUCUAAUGACACAAAUGAUGCUAUUAUAUCUGAGGCCCAUGAUAAAAAAUAUGUAUUUCCAGAAAAAUGCACAUUUUAUUGCUAUGAUGUAAGAGAAAUAGAAAAGAAGAUGGAGUUGAAUAAACAAUACGACUUUAUAUUACUGGAUCCACCUUGGUGGAAUAAGUCGAUCAGGAGGAAAAAGAUGAAGUACAUUGAAGCUAGUUACAAAAUGAUGUAUAAUGAAGAAUUAGCCAAAAUACCAGUAGGCAAACUAUUGCAUUCUAAUGGUAUCGUGGCUGUAUGGUGUACCAAUGCAUCCAGCCAUUUGAAUAGUAUUUCCAAUGAGAUGUUUCCAUCUUGGGGUGUUACUUACAGAGCUAAAUGGUAUUGGAUCAAAGUAACACAAGCAGGAGAUACAAUAUGUAAUUUUAAUUUGGCACCUGGAAAGCAACCUUAUGAAUUACUAAUAUUAGGAUCUGCAUUAAAAGAAGACAAGAUGAAUAUUCCUGAUGGCAAAUUAGUAGUUAGUGUACCUAGUGCAGUCCAUUCUCACAAGCCACCUGUAACAGGUGUGAUGAUUAAGUUGAAUAAAAAUGAGCCAAAGUGUUUAGAAAUCUUUGCGAGAUAUUUGCUGCCUGAGUGGACAAGUUGGGGUCUGGAGAUUUUAAAGUUUCAGCAUUUGUCACUAUAUCAAAUUCUGGACGAAAGUAAGAAGAAAGUUGAAAAUGAUACUGACAAUAAAAAGAGAGACUGAGAGCAAAAUAUAAAACAUACACCCUUGCCGGUACCUAAGUUGUAAAUCUUUAGCCUGAGAUGCUCUUUAUGCAAAGCGUUUAGUGCCGCCACGUGACCAGCCGCUAGAUCCAUAACGUGAAUGUAAUCACGAAUACCUAACGGGAAG